GUCAUGAAUAAGAGGCUAUGGAACUUGCACGUCAGAUCUUCCUCAAUUAAUCCACCAUUAGGAUGUUUGGGAUCCACUACUGGAUGGGGAACAGAAGCUCGUGUAACUGUGUGCUGCCCAGAACCAAUUAGGAGCAGCUCAGAAAAAAAUGUAACUCUGUGCUGCCCUGCUCUGGGAGAGCUCAGUGCUCUACGUGUUCAGAUGUGGAGGUUGGGGUCUAGUGGCAGCAGGCAGAUGGUGCAGUUCAGAUCGAUGUGAUCGCUAUAGCUGCUUUUUUUUCUUCUUUUUUUUCCCUCUUGUUACUGGAGCUGAGGGCGAUGGCUGAAGACUCUAAGACUGCAGCCCAGUAGGGAGUGAAUGCUAUCUGGGUACCAGACACAGGAUAACCAGAUCAACGACGUCCAGGCUUUUCCAGCAAGGAAAAAAAAAAUCUGCUUUUCAUUAAAUCGGUUCCUAAAGGAGAAACAGAGCCUCAGCACGUUCCUAGCAGGAAUCAGCUGGAUGUGUGAAUCACUCAGAGCUGAAGCAGCCUUGGAAGCAAACGGUAAGCAUUGGGUUUCAACCACAUCACAUAACAACUGAGCAUUGAUACACUGUUACCACCACGUUAGGUUUGCUUUAUUUAAUGUAUCUUUUUCCAGCCUGGCUACAUGUUCAGAUUUAGCUCAUCCGCAAAGGAAAUCAAUAUAUGUUUUGUGGGGUGUUUUUUUUUCUAUCUCUCUACCUUAAUGCUUUUCCUCUGCACAGAAAUAUAUCCAGUAUUUUUCUUUUUGUUAUCAUUAUUGCGGAUUUUAAGUGCUCUGAUGCUGUGAAUAUGUAACAUGCUUUUUUUUCUGAAAAGCAUCCCCUUUCUGGAGAUGAUUGCAUCAAGUAAAACCAACACAGAUGCAAACCCUACCUCCCAUCAUGUUAAGGCAACAAGAAUCGUUUAUUUCUCAUAAUGACAAUGACCAGCAGUGACCAGUUACACCAAGAGCAAAUUCUGCUCUCACAAUCAUGGGUACAAGAUUAUUUCUAAAUGAGUGUGGAAGUUGGUCAAGGGAAUAGAUUCAAGGAGGGGAAUGGCCACCAGAAGGGGACCCUAUAGCUUGCAGGCGAUGAAUGCAUUUUCUUUUGCUUAGACCCUCUAGGGAAAUAGUCUCUUUCCCUUGAGUGAGAAGUAAGUCUCUGGAAAGGUGGGUCAGAUAUUAGCUAUUAUAUGAUCUGGUCUGAUUCAUCUUUAGCAGUCCUUUUUCUGAUAUGGACUGGUGGCUGCUGCUUCUGCUCCUGCUAUUAGAUUGGGGAAUUGUGAUCACACAUUUACUACUGGUUCUGUAAAAAAAAAGCUAAUACCCAGGAGGUAACACUGACUUCCCCUAAGGCAUGCUCUACCAUUCUUGAAGGCGGAAGGGAGGUGUGAUACUCCACAAUGCUAGGGGAAUCUGAUCCAAAAUUGUGUUAGCGUGCCAAGAACAAUAUUCAAGAAGCAUUAAAUGUGAGGGGGGAUAAUUUUUUGCAUAAAGAAGUGGUUUCUGCAUGGAGCCAGUCACCAGGAGUAGCAUUUGUUUAAAGUCACCAAGCACGGAGCUGUUCCGAGUCUGGUGCUGAACAUCUCAGCUAUUCUGGGGACUUAAAGAGCCUCCGUCAAUCAAUAGUGCUUUCAUCAGUGAGGUUGUAGGUGAAUUGCAUUAUUGUGAUCAGUGUGAUGUUUGCAUUACAGAGUACUUUAAUUGGAUUUUUUUUAAAUAAUAUAUAUUGUGUUUUUUAUGUUUAUUUAUUCAUAAAUAUUGUACCCAACCACGAUUAGAUCGCUCAUAUUGCAAUGUGGGUACGUUGAUUGUUUGCAUAUGUUUUUAAAUUCAUUUUCCAAUGCUUCUCUGUCUAAGUGUGAGUUGCAUGCAUUCAACAUACUCAUUUUUUUCUACUGAAUGAAUUUAGCAGUUUGAUGUUGGCAACACUUUAUAAUAAUUUCAUAGACUCCAUGCAGAAUUUAAUGUAUAUAUUCCUGUUUGGUUGGAUGUCCUGACUAAAUAGAAAGCUUUAAUAUUUAACAUUGACAUUCUAUGCUGCAGUCAUGUAGUACAAUCAUGUAAAAUCUGUUAUUUUCCAGCAUAUAUUCUGUAUCAUAAAAUUAAUUAGUUUUUUGUAUUCUCCAUCUGUGCAUACAUGUCAUUAUCCCAUCUUCACUCAGAAAAUAAUAGAUCCUAUUCUGUUAAGGUCCUUGAACACACAUAGACUGCGCACAGAUCUAUGCAGAACCCUCUCGCUACACCCAAGGCUCCCAGUCAUAUCACUAGCAAAUCUUAAAACAAAGCUUCUCUAUAAAAACCACGUUUCCAGUAGCUGAUCCGGAUUUGCAACACUAUCUCUCACAUCCCCUAAUCCACUGACACAUUUCAAAGAGAUUAUAUAUAGCAAGUAUUUGCAAUAUAGUAUAUUGGUGGCGAGUUUACAUAUGUACAUAAUAUAGACAGGAGGAUUUUAUUUGUUUUAUAUGAGAUAUGAUGAGAGCAUUUAUCUCUCUCUCUCUCUCUCUCUCUCUCUCUCUCUCUCUCUCUCUCUCUCUCUCUUCCCCUCUCUUAUUUUUUCUUUUUCACUUUCCCUGAUAUAUAUAUAUAUAUAUAUAUAUAUAUAUAUAUAUAUUAUAUAUUUACAUAUAUACACACACACACACACACACUACAAUGUUUUAUUAUUUUUUACUGAGACGUUUAGCAUUGCAGUGCACAGAUCCUGUACAAUUUAACCCUUUCAAUCACUAAUAGUUCCUUUUACUAAAUAAAUCACGUUUAGUGUAGAGUAACAGGUUAUUUUUUAACAUCUAUGUUGGAUAAAUCUCACAAUAUGGUCACACUUAACUAUGCAUGAAAUUCUCUUACAGGCAUAUCUAUAGGUUCUUUGGACAUCCAAUUGAACAGAGCUGAGAUGAGGGCGGGCACAAAAGGGUUUUUUUUCUCUGCAAGUUCAGAAAGAAGAAGACAAGAGGAAAGACAAGGUACACUGAACAUAACCCCCCUUGUGAUGUAUGUGUAAGAUGUCCCACCUCUUCAUUGCACUAAACCUGCAUGGUUCUAUACUGUUCUUACAGGGAUGGAAUGUUGGACUUGUGGAAUGAGUCUUGAAGAGUGGACUUCUUUGGAUUCUCCUCUACUGACCUCUGCUUGUGGAUUUAUUACCCCAGUCUGCUGAUCAUCUCCAUGGCUCUCUUCGGUGACGGGUAUUCUUGGGUGGAUAAUACGGAUUACGUUGUUAUUGCUUAAGAAUACGCGUAGUUGAGGAGAGUUAUCUACACCAAGCUGGUUGAACCAUCUCUACUUGAUAUCUCACCAACCGGCUUCUGUAGUAGCUAAGGUAGCUUAUUUUGAUAUAUCUUUCCAAGCAUUGCUAUUAUAAGUGACUUGCAUGAAAAAAAGAUUAAAUUAAGAAUAUUUUAUUAUUUCAGCUGAGAGACUUAUUAAAUGGGUAGUGUGUUGGAUUCUUCCAUUUAAAUUUCAGCUGAGUGAUAAGUUCAUUAUUUUAAUCUUUUUUUUUCUUCUUCUUUUUUGUUACACUUGGAGUUGGUGUGAUUGAUAUUGUCAUAUUCUUUUUAUGCAGAUAUGUAUUAAUAUUGGAGCCUAUGAAGUGAGGCCUCUUGAGCUAGUGUGUCAUAAUUUUAUAUGUAUGAAAUUAUAUAUCUAUUUGUAUAUUUAUAUAAUGCAAUAUAUACCAAGGCAACGCCUUAAAAUACUGGAAGCAGGGAUCUGUUGAGAAUCCAGUGAUAAGCAGAUGCUCCCUGGUUUUGGAGUCUGCUGUGGGUCCCUUGUUCUAUGGCCUCUGUCGACAUGGGCCUUAUCAUCAGUGACCUAGUCAUUUGCUUUGGGACUGAGUCAUUUAGCUAUCUUCCCCUUAGUGACUUUGAGUUUUAAGUACCGUUGAAAUGAUUAGAUCUGUAUUGUGUGUUGCAGAAUCUUGUGCUAACCCAGCAGGAAAAUAGUUAAGAUUCAAUGCCACGAUGUUUCCACAAUGCAUUAAAAAUCAGCCUUCUAAAAACGAUUGGAAAUCGUUGAGAGAACAUUGUAGCACAUGCAUUUCUCAUCGGGUGUCCCAUUAAACGGUUUGAUAAGAUUGAGAAUUAUUGCAUCAGUACUGUUAGCUGAUUCUCUCUUUCUCUCACACAUAUACACUCACCAGCACACACAAAGGCACACAUGCAUAUAUUAAAAUAUGUGUUAUAUUUAUUGCAAAAAAAAAAAGGAAAAAUGGAAACUGAUAAUAAAUAAAAAAAAAUGUGUUUUAUCUCAGAAUAAUUAAGUUAAAGAUGAUUUCUCUGUCUAGGGGAUAGCGUGUCAAAUAUCCAGUAUUAUAUUCCACUAACCUCAUUACUGAAUUAUGUGCCAAUGUAUCCAGUUUGAUCAUUUAAACAAUGUUUUAUAUUUUGGAUUGAUACUACAGAGUUUUUUUUUUGAUUAUUAGAUUCUGAAAGUCAUUAGAGGAAUAUUUUACUCAGUGUGAAUGAAAUCUUGAAAACUGAAAGUAUCAUACUGUAUCAUGAAACAUAAAACAAAUGUACUCUGGAAAAUAAUAUUGUUUGAUUACUUCAACUGUAAAUGUAAAAUUAAAUAAAAAGAGAUGAUGCAUUCAUAAAAAAA